UUUUUUUUUUUUCCGUCUCCAGGCGGAACCCGAGCGGGCGGGCGCGGGAGCGCGCCCCCGGCUGUACGGUUUCGGGACCGGACCAUGGCGGUAGCGGCCAGUCGGCGGCCCUGGGCCCUGCUGUGCGUGGUGGUGGUGGUGGGCGCGCUGCUCGUCCCCGGGGCGGCCGCAUUACAGUGUUACUGCCAUCUCUGCACAAAAGACAACUUUACCUGUGUGACAGAUGGGCUCUGCUUUACCUCAGUAACACGAACUGCAGACAAAGUCAUACACAAUAGUAUGUGUAUAGCAGAAAUCGAUCUGAUUCCUCGAGACAGGCCAUUUGUGUGUGCCCUCUCCUCCAGAGAUGGAGUCAUUACUGUGCCUCAUUGCUGUGACAGAGACCACUGCAAUAAAAUAGAACUUCCAAUUCCAACACCAGGCCCUACUCCAGGAAAACCAGCUUCUAAUCUGGGACCUGUGGAAUUGGCAGCUGUCAUUGCUGGACCUGUCUGCUUUGUCUGCAUUUCACUGAUGUUGAUUCUAUAUCUUUGUCAUAAUCGUACUGUAAUUCAUCAUCGUGUGCCAAGUGAAGAAGAUCCCUCACUAGAUCGUCCCUUUAUAUCAGAAGGAACUACUUUAAAGGAUUUAAUUUAUGAUAUGACAACUUCAGGCUCUGGGUCAGGUUUGCCUUUACUUGUGCAGAGAACAAUUGCAAGAACUAUAGUACUUCAAGAAAGCAUUGGUAAGGGUCGCUUUGGAGAAGUCUGGCGAGGGAAGUGGAGAGGAGAAGAAGUUGCUGUGAAGAUAUUCUCUUCAAGGGAAGAACGCUCAUGGUUUCGUGAAGCAGAAAUUUAUCAAACAGUAAUGCUACGGCAUGAAAACAUUCUUGGAUUUAUAGCUGCAGACAACAAAGACAAUGGUACAUGGACUCAGCUCUGGUUGGUGUCAGACUAUCAUGAGCACGGAUCACUCUUUGAUUACCUGAACAGGUAUACAGUAACAGUGGAAGGAAUGAUAAAAUUAGCCUUGUCUACUGCCAGUGGUCUUGCUCAUCUUCACAUGGAAAUUGUUGGCACGCAAGGCAAACCAGCGAUUGCCCACAGAGAUUUGAAAUCAAAAAAUAUAUUGGUAAAAAAGAAUGGAACGUGCUGCAUUGCAGACCUAGGAUUGGCAGUUAGGCAUGAUUCAGCUACAGACACAAUUGAUAUUGCCCCAAACCACAGAGUGGGAACAAAAAGGUACAUGGCUCCUGAAGUUCUAGAUGAUUCCAUAAAUAUGAAGCAUUUUGAGUCAUUCAAACGAGCAGACAUCUAUGCAAUGGGAUUAGUGUUUUGGGAAAUAGCUCGGCGAUGUUCAAUCGGUGGAAUCCAUGAAGAUUACCAGUUGCCGUAUUAUGACCUCGUUCCUUCAGAUCCUUCUGUUGAAGAAAUGAGGAAAGUUGUGUGCGAGCAGAAGCUAAGGCCCAAUAUUCCAAACAGAUGGCAGAGCUGUGAGGCGUUACGAGUGAUGGCAAAAAUUAUGCGGGAAUGCUGGUAUGCCAACGGAGCUGCUAGGCUAACAGCUUUGCGCAUUAAGAAAACAUUAUCACAACUUAGUCAACAGGAGGGGAUAAAGAUGUGAUCCUGGAUCUGCUACCGAAGAAUGCUGUAAAAAUCCGUAUCCGCACCAGAGUGGCGUGUUAAGAAGGUUAAUUGUUCUACCUCACUGGGGGAACAGAAGGAUAUUGCUGCCUUUUAGUACUUCAUAGGAACGUCACUUAUUAGGAUUUUUGUGGACGUGCUAAACAGUUGUGUUGGGUCCUUUCUGUGCACUAUGAACCUCUUUCCCAGGUUACUUACAAAACAUUGUGUAGUCUAGUUUUAUUUUUAUUAACCUAUAAUUUUUUUUUUAUUUGGAAAGUUGAUAGCUGGUCUUAACUUCUAGUUAACUGUGCUAAAAAUAAGAGGUCACUUUAAAAUGGAACCGGUUCGCUAUAUUGUUCUAGAGUGCAUUGAUGGCUCUUUAAGCAACUUUAUUCCUGGCUGGUACAUUGACUGUUCUGAACCACUGUCACAGUCCCUUGAUUCAGAUUGUGAAUGUACUGCUGGCGUACACUUUGCUAGCUAUUAAGGUAGUAUAUCUUUUGGACUCUUACCUUGAUUUACAAAUUGACCUCAUUCAGUUGUGGGAACAUAAUUUAUGCAACUAGACUUUAUACAUGAUUACUGGGUUUUUCCACUUUCUCAGAACAUUGCAUUGCCUUCAGAAUAGAUUGUAUUAUACCAGUAAGUGCCGCUUUUGAGUCUUUUAAUGCAAAACAGUAGGAGCAUACAAAGCCUAUGGUACUUUUGGUUUCAAAAACAUGAGUUAUAAAUCUACUGUUCCUUUGCCUAGCUACGAUCUAAUUCACACUCGUUUCAGCAAGUGAGUACAUAAUUCAUGGAAUACCUUUAAUUUUACCAAAAUCUGACUCUUUAAACCACUGUAGGAGUUUUAAAUAGUGUAAGCUAGUUAAUUCACUGUCAUAAUUUGUAAUUGUCGAGUCGUGAGUCAUAAUUAUAUAUAAGAUUUUUUGUUUAUGAAGUGGUACUUCUGAAAUGCUUGAAGUACCUAGCUACUUCAAAAAAGUAGCAAGAAGAGGAAGGUGUUCUUAAGGGAGAUGUUGCUCCAUUAAAUCAAAUAGGAAAAGCAUCUUUUUUGUGCAGUUCUGCACAGUCUUAAGGCUCAAAGAACAAUAUUUGCAAUUAAAUUAGGAUUAAGUGCACCUGUAAUUAGGGAGAAGUUAUUUGGGCUUUCGUACGAGAAAGCUCAAAGCUGCUUAUAAAAUUUAUGUGCAUAUAUUUUGUGUGUGCCACACACAGAAAGUAGUGAGCUGCAGAAGGUGGUGAGCUGCAGGUCUUUGGAUACAAAUACCAGAGGAUUUCAGCAAUCGUUUUCAUAGUUACAAGAACAAAGCUUAUGGUGACUUGUGUUGUCAUAAGAACACAGGGGGAUAUGCAUGGCUUUAGUCAAGAUUUGCCUGAGAUUUUGAGGAUAUCACAAGAUUUUUGGAAGCUUGUUUAGAAACUGAUUUGCUUCCUGCCCAAAUGUGCAACUUCUGGAGGGGACCGGGGGAAUGAACGUGGAAAAUUCUCUUUAAAAAACUGCUGUUACCAGGAUAUUUUUUUUUUUUUUUUUUUUUUUUUUAAAUCCGUUUUGGAUUUAAAGAGUCUGCUUGCCCUUUCAUUUCGUUAAUGCCCAAAAAGCUCAGUAGUAUUUCAGGACGUGCCUGUGUCUGGUGAUGAAGGUCCCACCCAACUUCUUAGUCUCCGGGACGCGAGUGCCUGCCCCGUCAAGCAACGCACGUGGCGACCUUUAGCUCUGCUGCCUGUUCCUUCUGCCGCGUGCGGCCCGCUGAGAGCUGUUCCCGGGGCGGGCGGCGUUCUGCGGGCCGGGCUUAGGUGGGGGCUGCAGCACCACCGUGGCUGGGUCCCUGCACGAAGAGGCCGUAGAGGUGACAUCAGCCUGAGGGGUUCGCUAACUCGGCUGUCUUUCCGAAUUCCCAGCGAUUGCUCGGGGGUGGGUUUGAAUGCCGUGGGAAUUGCAGACCUUCCGAGGUCGAACUGCAAAUCGUGAAAUGCACCUGGAUGGGUGAGUCUGCUCGUGCUGGAAGGUGGCAUCCAGGAGGAGAAGAGCUGUCGCGUUUGGCAUUGCCUGACCAGUUAGGCUUACGUGCUCCAGGCCUUUGUCAAUCAAAGCUGGAUCAAAAAUGACUUCGUGCAGGUAUUUUAAAUAAUCGAUGCCUUUGAGCAAAUGGACAGCUGUGCACCGCAGAGUUUUCCAGGUAUGACUGUUCUAAAAAAAUGAUGGAAUAUAACUAAACUCCCAAGUCCAUCUACUUGGCAUGCCUCUCUAACAAGUCCUAUGUAUCUAGACAGAUAUUUAAAGAAAACGGCUCAGCAUCGAAGUAGAAUUUACUGUAUCUCCAUACUAAUUUCAAAGGCUUUGUAGUUAAACAGUUUAACUGGGAAAUUCAGAGUUUUUCACAGGCAUGACUGGAUCUUUACCGUAGAUACAAAUGGGAGUGUCCAUACUUCAGAACCGCCAGGCUUCCGGCAUGCUUCAGGUCUUUAUAGUAACCCUGAUGGUAGCAGGAGAGAGCUUCCAGUAUCAUUCAUCAGGGAGUUUCAUUGGUGGCUUUUUUCAGCACCUCCAGAGCCUUAUCAGCAUAACGUUGAGGUUCUGAAGACUCUCUAAGUUUCCUCAACUUCUCUAAGGAGCAGUUCCGUUGCAUUUAAAAGAGAACCCGUGGCAGCGGAGCAGCCUCGUGGCAGGCAGAUGAUUCAAUCACCUCCACGGUGGUUUGUUACAUCUGUCUCAUCUCCACCACCUGCCAGGCUUCGUUCUCCUGCAUUGCCAGCAGCUGUUCUUACAUGGUUCUACCUUUCUGCUUUGUAAUGGAAGCUGGCGAGCGCAAAGCACAGGAGGGGUGCUUGGUACAGUGUGUGUGACGUUAGGAACAUUAUUCUGGGACAACCUUAUUCAUACUGGAAUGCAGAACAGGAAAAUUCUGAGUAGACCUAUGUGUAUCCUCAGUUCUGACACCACAAUUUCAAGCUUUGUUCUUCUUUUCCAUUAUAUAAACUGAACACCUUUUACAAAGGCUGUGUCUGUAUAUAUUAUGUAACUUUAAAUGUUACCUGUGUAAGAUCAUAUCUUAUAUAUAUGGACACGGGUACACAUAAAUAUUUUUUAAAUUAAGAUUGUAAUAUCACCAGAUCUGCUCUUGGAAAUCCAGGGGGACCAAAAUAUUUUAGCAUUCAAAAUAUUAAUUUUGUAUCAUUUCAAGUAUAUACCAAAACCAUUUCUGAUGAAUACUGAUGCAAAUGUUUAUUGUAAAUAUUACAUACAUUAUACAUUCGCUUAAGUUUUGUGGAUUUAAUCAGUUUGACAUUUUAAUAGCAUUGAAGCCUCAGUUUGGUUUACAGAUUCGUGACCAGGUGGAUGUGGACAUGGAGAAUAAGGAGCAUUGGAAAUGGUCUGAUGCCGAAAAGCCCAAAAUGUUGGUUUUGGAAUGCUGGAGUUCUUCAGGGUCCUUCCAACCUUAAAAGCUGGAAUUCUGGGAUGUUUCUCAAGCUGGUUUUCCAUGUAUGACAUACUGUCACCCUCCAGUGGUUCCACUUGUAAUCCUAAGAAACGCUUUGUAUAUAGGUAAAGACAUUGGGAUUGACUGUACGGGGACAUGAAGGUGUCAAAUGACAGAAGAGGCUAUUUUAUUUUUUUUUUUCAGUAAUGGUUCUGAGUGCGAUUGCCAUGAAAUUCACCUUUUAGUUAGUUCCUCGUUUAUAUUGUGCCAUUGAAAUGAUUGCAAGGUGUUAAUCAUUUUGUGUUUUUAAAAAAAAAAAAAUAAUCUUCACCAUAUCAGUUGCUUUAAACUCAAAUUACCUCUUGAAAGACCAAGGUACAUUUACCUCGUGUAUAUAAUGUUUAAUAUUUUUCAGAACAUUCUCCAGGUUUGCAGUUACAUGUUUCUAGAAGUAUGGGUAUUACUAAAUUUACAACUUCAGCGGUACUAAAUGUAUUAUCUGGUGCCCCAAAACACUUUAAUUUUCUGUAUUAUAUUGUAUUAGCAAGUUUGCUGCUUUGUCACUGUAGCACCUGCCCUUACAUAACUGUGUGGAUACUGCCUUGUAAAUUUUACUUCUUGGAUGAUUUGAGGAUCCUGUACAGAUGAGUGUCACUUUUUUAAACCUUACAAAAUCGUGCAUUUCCCUUACAUUUCUGAAAAUAUGUAUUGUAUUUGUAGAGUAUACAUUUCAAUGGAUUGUAAAUAGGACAGUAGAAGAGUGGAUGCUUAUGUUAAGUGCUAACACUACAGUAGAGAGAUUAAAGCAGUGAAAAUAAAUAACUUUUUUCAAAA